AGAAGGCGUUUCCGUUUCCGUUCAGAAUUGCUUUUUUUUUUUUUAAAGGAAAAAAUUUGUUAAUUAUUCUGUAAGUUUUAUUACAAUAUAGUCAUCUAACGCUCACAUCGACCUUCAAAUAGAUAUAUAUCAUUGAGACAUGUCGAGGAAGCUAGUGACCGAAGUCGAUUUGGAAUGUACCCAGCUUACAGAAAAGACACCGGAUGCAUUGAAGAGAGAUGUCAAUGAAAUAAUUACCCAAGAAGAUUAUAUUGAUGCAGGUAGUUGUUGUAAAGUAAAGGUCCAAGUUCAAGGAGAUGUCUCGAGCAAAAAGCCAGCAAUUUUUACUUUUCAUGACAUCGGAUUAAAUGGUAUCUUGAAGAGCACAUGUUUCUUAUCUAGAUUAUACGCAUUUAUCCUUUUUAUGUCCAUCACAGCCAUGAGCACUUUUGGAGGAUAUUUCAACUACCCAGAUAUGAUUCCAAUCUUAAAGAGCUUUACCAUUUAUCAUAUUAAUGCACCAGGCCAGGAAGAUGGUGCACCGUUGUUCAGUUCAAAGUAA